CUUGCUGCCAUCGCUUACAAGCUCGACGGUGAAAACAUAUCGGAUCGUGGCCACAAGGUGCAGGAAGCGAUUUUACUUGGCCCUACCUUGUUUCCUCUUGCAUUCACAGCUCUCGCUGGCCGAAGUCUGAAGAAGAUAGCCUUGUGGAGGGCCCAGGAAGGCACCACGCUUGGUGUUUUAGAGCGGAUUCUCGGUAGCCAGAGUCUUGUAUCCACCGUCAGCCAUGCAAUCUCUCUCCGCUCGCUCAAUUUCCUCGCCAUCGGGUUACUUAUAUUGUGGGCGCUCUCUCCACUCGGUGGGCAGAGCGCCCUUCGGCUCUUGUACGAGACGAGCAACUCCGUGUUUGAAAGCCGCCUGGUCUUCUCCGUUGAUCCAGAUGCCACCAGUCCCUUGCCGGCCGGAGGAUUCAACGUGGAUGACUUCAAUCGAGUCAACAGCAUGGUAUCCACUGCUCUUAUGACUACAGACACGCUCGAGUGGUCACAAGCCGAUAUAUGGAACCACCCUAAAAUUCCUCGCCUCGAACAACUCGAACAGGAAGAGCGUAGGAAUGAAACAACCCGCUCAUGGUACACGAUAAAUCACCAAGCAAACCAUAGCUACGCUGCCCUUACUGGCGUCAAUAUUGUGAACCUCUCCAAGACUGGCAUUACAAACUUCACCGUUCCGUACGAAUACAUGUACUUCGAUUGUAAAUUUUCGCCUGCAAACAAUAUUACGACGCGUUUCGAUGCAGAACAUGGACACAACGUAACCGAACCGAAUUACCAUACCCAGAUCGAGUAUCUACGCGAACUAAAUGCUGCUGGUAUACUUCAAUCGGAAGGUGGAUUCAACCCAGCUAACAAUUACACUAUCGCGCCUGGAGAAGCGGUCGCACUGACUUACUAUCUCUUCGAAUGCUCCAUGAGAAGUGUCAUGGUAGAAGCCAACAUGCUCUGCGAAUCUGCAAGUUGCCGCGUCGGCCGAUUACGACGAAUUAAUGUUCCUAGAUCGAAACGAAAUGGUUCCUUUCUUCCCUACGACAUUGUGAACAAUGGCAUGUAUACGAGAGAAUUCCUGCAAUAUUUCGCGCGACUUGGUGGCAACACCAGCCAAUUUUUGAGCAAUCCGGUCGAUGCCUACAUCUACGGCAAUACGCAAUAUAGGCCCAAUAACUCAGUAAAGAACUGGGUAGAGUACAUUGGCGAUUCUCAACGAUCAACUGACAUGUCACAUCGUAUGACACGAGUAAUGAAUACUUUCUGGGAUUCAUCUCGCUGGCCAGUUGCCAUGACGCGCAACGAUCCUUGGGGCAAGAAAUCAAUCAACCAGACGAGUGACGAACCAUUCAAGGAAAUGACGAUGAUCAAGAUGGAGGCGACAGUCACACAUCAGAAUCCUAUCUAUCGCGCCAGUGGCGGAUGGGUCGGCUCUCUUAUCAUCUGCUCCAGCGUGCUGCUUCUACUUGGCAUUUUCAGCCUUUGCCUGUCAAUCUACAUCACGACGCCAGACAUCUUCGACUACGUCUCUUCCCUCACGCGUGAUAACCCGAACGUCAAUGUGCCGCAUGGAGGAUCGAGCUUGGACGGUGCAGAAAGAGCGCGCCUGCUGAAGAGGCUCCCAGUACAGCUUGGCGAUGUGCAUGCGGGUGAGGAGAUUGGGUACAUUGCUUUGAGAAGUGUUACUGAUCGGAGUGACCGUGAGCGAGGAAAGGUGCGGAAAUAUAGGAUGUACCACUGA